UAAGAAACUUCUCUCUUACCCUAUCUAAAAUAUCGGAUCCCCUUCAACAAAUCACCUUCUGCCAGAUCCUUUCAUAUCUCAGUUAUGGGUUCUCCACAAAACUUCCACCAAUUUGGCAUUCUCUCCCUUCCUUCUUUCCUUGAUUCUGAAGUAGCAGAGGCAUAUAAGCACUGGUGCAGGGGAAGGAGCCUUCUUUUAGAAUAGGAAAUGAAUUUAGAUGACAUAGUUUUGAGGAAUGUGAUGUCUGUGGAAGAAGCAGAGCUGGUACAUAAUAAUAAUAAUAAUAAUAAUAAUAACCCUUCCUCUUCACCUCCUGCCUCAGCAGCGGCCACGGCUUCGUUGUUUCUCGGGAAAAGGGCUGGCGAUGUCGAGCCACAGCCCGAUCUAAUGACCGAGGUUUCAGCCUCGACAGAAGGGAUGGAAUGGAUGCAUUACCAACGAGCAUUACUCAUUGAUUCCAAGUUGCCAGCUUCUCAAGCUGUUUACAAUAAUCAUGGGAGUGUACCAGAUAUUGGUGUUUACAAUUUGCAGGCUAUGUCGAUCACGACAUCUGCCUCGUCGAACUCCGAUUUCCAUGAGGGUAAUUCUGGACGGAAACGAAGACAAUUGGAUGAUAUAAAGGAGAAAACUAUUGAAAGAAGGCAGAGGAGAAUGAUCAAGAACCGUGAGUCUGCUGCAAGGUCCAGAGCCAGGAAACAGGCUUAUACGAAUCAGUUGGAGCAUGAGGUGUUAUGCUUGAGGAAAACGAAUAGUUGGCUGAGAAAGCAAGAGGAAGUAGAAAGAAUGUUCUUGUCAAAUCCAAUUCCAAUGCCCAGAUAUCAACUGCGGCGCACAAGCUCAGCCUUCUUCUAGCUUUUGCUCUUCACAAGCACACCUCUCUCUAUUCUCUUCUCUUCUCUUCUCUUCUCUUCAAGUUUUUUCCUAGAUAGAAGCUUUUACUUUCUUAGUUUUUUGUGCUUCAUGUAGAGCAAAUAUUCUGAUAGCAAACCUAUCUGGUUAUGAUAACAAUGCAGCUGAUUUCC